AUGAGUAAUCCAUCGCAAAAUUUCCUGUCUCUUUCCGCCAUGGCGGCUCAACGACUGGACUCUGUCAAGCAUAUCAUCAUCGUGCUAUCUGGUAAAGGCGGCGUCGGGAAGUCUUCGGUGUCUACACAACUCGCGUUGAGUCUAUACAACACCUCUCCAACGGCACGAGUUGGGAUUCUCGACGUUGAUUUGACCGGCCCCUCAAUCCCUCGAAUGUUUGGCGUGGAUAAAAGUGCCGUUCACCAAAGUAGCGACGGAUGGGUACCAGUAUAUGCCGAUGGCGCUCAGGCACGACUGGCUUGCAUGAGCGUGGGCUUUCUGCUUAAAAACAAGGGCGAUUCCGUGGUUUGGAGAGGUCCGAAGAAGAACGGGAUGAUUAGACAAUUUCUGAGCGAUGUGAGGUGGGGGGACCUCGAUUAUCUCGUUAUCGACACUCCUCCGGGGACGUCUGACGAGCAUCUUUCGCUUCUAGAGCAUAUGGCGCCUCUUCAUUCACGGCUCUCCUCGGUCAUUGUGACUACUCCUCAAGCAGUUGCACUUAUGGACGCGAUGAAAUGUCUUUCGUUCACUCGUGCUGUAAAUCUGCGCGUGCUGGGACUAAUCGAGAAUAUGAGCGGAUAUGUAUGUCCAUGUUGUGGAGAAGUCAGCAAUGUGUUUUCGACUGGAGGCGGGGAGGCGAUGGCAAAUCGGGAAGGGCUCGAAUUUUUAGGGAAUCUACCUAUCGACACGGAGCUUGUCAGCCUGUUGGACGACGCGGAGCAGAGCUCGGAAAUGUCCCUGCAGGCACGCUACUCGAACACGCCCUCCUCCAAGCUAUUCCAGAAUAUAGCGCGGCGCAUCGUGGUGUCGCUUGGAGAGAGACAUGACGAGGCGUGA